GAAACCUUACCAAUGGAGCCAUCAGAAGAAUUUAUAUUCAAACAUAAAGGAUUUUAUUUCCAACCAGACUUGACUAACUCUGAAUAUAUAGAUUCAUUGGAGCAUUUUGUAGUCAGAGACAGUGAUGUAUUUGUAGUUACUUUUCCCAAAUCAGGAACUGUAUGGAUGCAGAAUAUUUUGAGCUUGAUUUAUUAUGAAGGCCACCGGGAUGGAACAGCAAAAACUGAAACAAUUGACAGAGUUCCAUGGCUAGAGUACAAUUUCAAUAAAAUGGAUUACGACAGUCGUCCAUCACCGCGUCUCUUUUCCAGUCACCUGCCGUACUAUUUAGCUCCAAGAGAUCUGAGAAACAAAGAAGCAAAAGUUAUUUAUGUAGCCAGAAACCCUAAGGAUGUUGCAGUUUCCUAUUUUCAUUUUAGCAAACAUGCAUUCAUAUUUGAGAAAGUACCAGAUUUUAAUAUUUUAAUGGAGAGGUUUUUAUCUGGGAAAGUACUUGCUAGUUCGUGGUUUGAUCAUGUCAGAGGCUGGUACACCCACAGAGCUGAUUACAAUAUUCUCUUCCUUACUUAUGAGGAGAUGAAGAAGGAUCUCAGAAGUGCUGUGCUGAAAAUUUGUGACUUCUUAGAAAAACAGCUGACUGAAAAGGAGUUGGAUGUUGUUGUGGAGAAGGCUAUAUUUGAUAACAUGAAAUCUGAUCCCAGGUCAAACUAUGAGGACAAAACAUGUAUCUUGGAAAAAGGAAGAGACCAUUUUCUUCGCAGAGGAACUGUUGGAGACUGGAAGAACAUAAUGACUGUGGCACAAAAUGAAAAGUUCAACAAGGUUUUUAAUGAGAAGAUGAAAGACCUGCCCUUCAAGUUCAUCUGGGAUCUUAAUGAAGAAAUAUAG